AUGGACUACCAGAAGUGUUUAGAAGUUGUUAAAGGAGGUAAUAUUCUUCCUGAAAAUGAUUUUAAAAGACUAUGUAAUGCUGUUAAAUCUAUUCUAAUUGAAGAGUCUAAUGUACAACCAAUUCAAUCUCCUGUUGUUGUUUGUGGUGAUAUUCAUGGACAAUUCUUUGACUUAAUGAAAUUAUUUUCUAUUGGAGGUUCAUUACCAGAAAAUUCAUAUAUUUUUUUAGGUGAUUAUGUUGAUAGAGGAAGUUAUUCAAUUGAAGUAUUUACUUUAUUAAUGUUAUAUAAAGUAAUGUAUCCAACUAGAAUCUCCUUAAUGAGAGGUAAUCACGAAAGUAGACAAGUCACUCAAGUUUAUGGUUUUUAUGAAGAAUGUAUUAAAAAAUAUGGAACUGCCAAUUCGUAUAGAUGGUGUAUGGAAGUAUUUGAUUAUUUAAAUAUUGCUGCUCUUAUUGAUGGUAAAAUUUUUUGUGUUCAUGGUGGUCUUUCACCUGAAAUAAGAAGUAUAGAUCAUAUUAGAGUUAUUGUAAAAAGAAAUCAAGAAAUUCCACAUGAAGGUGCAUUUUGUGAUUUAAUGUGGUCAGACCCAGAUGAAAGUGUUGAAGGAAUGGUCCCAUCAACAAGAGGUGCUGGAUAUGUUUUUGGUGCAAAACCAGUUAAUGAAUUUGUUCAAGUUAAUAAUAUUGAUUUAAUUGCUCGUGCUCAUCAAGUGGUACAAGAAGGUUACAAAUAUCAUUUUGAUAAUAAAUUGGUUACUGUAUGGUCUGCACCAAAUUAUUGUGGUAGAUGUGGUAAUAUUGCUUGUAUUAUGAGAGUAGGAACUGAUUUGAAACAAGACUUUACUAUUUUUGAUGCUGUUCCUGAAUCAGAAAAACCAAUUCCACCAAGAAUAACACCAGCUUUCUUUGUGUAAAGGGAUGAAAUGAUCACAUAAUCCAAAUUAAUACUUUU